AUGGUCAAGUGUUAUCUCUACGGGACUUGGAUCCCCACAAUCUUCAUGAAUCUCCAGGUCCAAAAGCCCUCGACGCACGUUUUUGGGGCUAAGACUUCGCCACCAGGGGCGGCCAGGACUCGGCAGCGUCAACUGGUCCCCAUGAAACACACUCCCGACGCCUCGACGCCUCAAUCUGGCAAAACUAGCGGAGAGAGAGAGGCUGUGGCAAAGAGGACCCGAUUUGCGUGGCUGCUGACCGACCAACGAACACUGGACGAAUGA